AUGGUGGCUCUCCAGCAGAGCACCCUAGAGAAUCCAAACAGCACCCCACUUGAAAUCGACUCAUUGACCAAAGGCCCAACACUGCCUGAACAAUCACUCAUUAAGUCCUUCAAUGAACUCUCUUGUCACUGUUCAGCCUGCUGCCACUGUCACCAUGGUAACAUACCCUCUAAAGCUUGUACCUACCACCAGCAAUCUCCAAAUCUAUGGCGGGGACAUGCAGAUACUGCUGCUCAUCACCAAGAACAGAAUGAAGGGGGCUAUGUAGAUACGGAGCAGCACAGUAGUGAUGGUGGAAAUGGUAGCAGUGUUCUUGAAAAUUGCCCUCUUGAUUUGGGCAAGGAUCAGCCUGUAGUUGAUGACCAGGACAAAGUUGUGGCACCUUUACCUAGUAGUAGCAGCAACAACAGCAUUAUCAAGACUACUGAGGAUGGUCCGAGUGCAGCUCAGUCUCAGAAGCCUCAUCUUCCACUCUGUAUCUACGCUCGGGGCAAGCUGAACAACUGUGUAAUUAAGGAGAAGAUUAACAGUGAUGUUAAACCUUUUUCUAAGCAUGGUGUUAGUCCAAGAAAGUUUCGAAAAUGCUCAGAGGAAAUGGGUAAAUGGUUUUCUGAAUUUAAUGAUGAACAAAGAAAUAUCUUUUUGAAAGAUUUAUUGCAAGGUUGUGAACUGCCUCAGAUGCAUUUGCUAUCUGUGAAGAUGGAAGCAAACUUACAUCGAGGAUGUCCUCCAAACUGCCAAGAUAUCCUCACCUGGUUACCCACAGAUUUGGCAACCAAAAUCAUGUCUUUCUUAGAUCCUGUCAGUUUGUGCCAAGCUUCUCAAGUAUGUAAAAUUUGGCGUCAAGUUAGUGAUGAUCCUUGUUUUUGGCGACGUUUCUGCUGUCAACCAAAAUGGCGUUUGUCUAAAGCAGCAGAACACAAGCAAGUCAUCUAUCACAUGUCUCCAGAAGGUUCUAUACAGUGGAAGAAAGUAUUUGCUGAGAGAUUUCGAUUACGCAAUAACUGGUUGAAGGGUCGCUGCACUGUGCGGACAUUUGAAGGGCAUACACAGGGUAUUUCUUGUAUACAAUUUGAUGAUACACGGAUUGUCAGUGGUUCAUCUGACAAGACAAUCAGGGUUUGGAAUAUUCGUACAAAUGCUCCAUGGUCAGUCCAGACACUAGUCGGUCACAGUGGAACUGUAAGAUGUCUACACUUAGAAGGAAACAGGUUGGUGAGUGGCUCUUCAGAUAAAACAAUAAAGGUUUGGGAUUUAUCAACUCAGGAUAGGUGGUCAAGUAUAGCUUGUAAGGUGACCAUGGUAGGUCACUUAGACACCGUUCGAUGUCUACAGGCUGAUGAUGAAAAGGUGAUAAGUGGAUCUUAUGAUAAAACACUUAAAGUUUGGAAUAUUCGGACUGGAGAAUGCACAAUGAAACUCAGGGGCCAUUUGGCUGCAGUCUUGUGUGUCCGUUUCAGUGAUACCAAGAUUGUAUCAGGCUCCUGUGAUAAAACCAUCAAAGUCUGGAACUUUGAUGGUACGUGUAUGAUGACCUUGACAGGCCACCAAAAUGCAGUCACAUGUCUACAAUUUGAUUCAACUCGAAUUGUAAGUGGAUCAUUAGACUGCAACCUUAAAUUUUGGGACAUCCACACAGGAGAGUGUAUUAACACAAUUGACUGGAAAGCGGCUGAAGGACACACAGGAGUUGUCAGGUGUCUACAAGCUGAUUCCUGGAGAGUAGUAAGUGCUGCUGAUGACAAGACAAUCAAAGUUUGGAACUUGGAGACAGGAAAACGCCUGAUCACCCUACGGAACCACUCGGAUGGUGUGACCUGUUUACAGUUUAAUGAUCUCAUCAUCGUAUCUGGCUCCUAUGACAAAACUGUGAAACUUUGGGAUUUCAGUUGCUGUUGA